AUGGAGCCAAUUCCUUCAGAACCACAACCCUGCCCCUCUGAUGCCUCUAGCAUAUCAGCUGCUUCGGAGGGAACUCAUCAUGAACUCGCACAGCAGGUCCAUGUUGGUGAUGUGAAUAUGCAGAAGAUGAAGAUGAAGAUGAAGGAGAAAUCUGAGCCUGCAGCUGCAGUAACGCAUGAAUCUAGUUCUCGUGUUUUGCUUGAUUUGAAGCUUUCUAGCGAUGAUUCGAUUCGUGGGUCAAAGCUUGAACUCAAUCUUUUCACGGCAAACAAUGAGUCUACUGAUGAAAACAUGCAUGCUGAGAAGAGAUCUGAUUAUAAUAAUAAUAGUAAUCAGUCUAAGGUUUUCUCAUGCAGCUUCUGCAAUAGAGAAUUCUCUACGUCCCAAGCUCUUGGUGGCCAUCAAAACGCACACAAGCAAGAACGUGCAAUAGCUAAGAGGCGUCAAGGCAUCGACUUGGAUGCUUUUGGGCACUAUCCUUAUAAUUAUUAUCCACAUUCAACCCUUGCAGCUCCUCUUCAACAUUCUUUAUAUGGAUCUCUCGGCAGAUCUCUUGGGGUAAGGAUGGAUUCCUUGAUUCAUAAGCCUUCUUCUUCUUAUCCAUGGAUGUCCUCCGGCGGAGCCUAUCGGUAUGGCCAUGGUGGGUGGUCGAGGCAGGGCUUGCUGAAUUCACAGCAACCCUCCAUUGAUAGGCUAAGGAUGGAGAGAUUGAAUAAUAGUGGUGGUGGAUUUGGAUUAUUUGCUUCUGGAUCUUCUUCUUCUUCAAGAAUUGAUGAAAAUAAAAAUAAUUCAAUUAUUAAUCUUGAUGCUUGUCCUUCAAAUAUUAAUGCAAUGACUACACCAUCUACCAUUGAUCAUCUCCAGCGAGCAGACCAUGCAACAAGUAAUCAAGUUGAUGCUUCAGGACUUGAUUUAUCACUUAAACUCUAA